AUGCCACUUUUUGGUUGGAUGAAAUGGCCAAAAAAUGAUCCCUACAAACCCACACACUAUCCUGGCUCAGAUGUAGUGACAAAAACUCUGCUUCGGGAAUUAAAAUGGCACCUAAUGGAACGAGAGAGAUUAAUACAAGAGCUCGAAAAUGAACAAAAAGUGAAAAAAACAGGUGUGGAUUACAACUGGCUGAGAAACUACCAGAACCUCCACACUUCCAUCCCAGCUACUGAACAGAGACAACUUGAAGUACUUUGCUCACAAGUUCAACCUGGCCAAACCGGAACCAUUCUCAGCAGAUUUCGAGAAGUUUUGGCAGAAAAUGAUGUACUGCCAUGGGAAAUAGUCUACAUCUUCAAGCAAGUUCUGAAAGACUUCCUAAGUAAUACUGACAACGGGAGUCAGCAGGAGGGCCUGGAGGAUUCAGGAAACACAGACUGUCCUGUUCCUGCUGCAAUCCCGGGUGAAAGCUACAAGAGCUCAGGCAAAGAUGAAAUACCCACUAUUUCAAGCUAUGUUGACAAAAUCACAAAGAACAGGUUCCCAACAUUCUCCUACAGAGUAUGGAACCUACCAUAUUGUUAUUAUCCAUCAAGUUAA